AUGGCCACGAUAAUUCCCCCGCCGUCGAAAAAGCAAAGAAAACAAGCCCAGCAACCCCAGGAAGAUAUUGUUGAUGUUAUUGAAGAUUUGCCCCAUGUGAGGGUCAGAUUCCAAGCCUUUGAUACGGGCGAUGUUCUGCCUGGUAACUUACGGGUGCCAGGAAACGCCACGGUCGCUCAGUUGGAGCUGCUUUUGAACCAGCUGCAAAAUAACGGUGACGAUUCUGUUCCAUACGAGUUUGCUCUUGUUACAAAUGGCACGGAAACUGUCGACAUUACUUCUGAUAUCUAUUCGGAUGUUCUCAAGCCUCAGCUGAAAAGCACAGAAGACCAAUUGACAUUGAUCUACACCCCCAGGGCUGUUUUCAAAGUCAAAACAAUCACUAGGUCUAGCGGUGCUGGUAUGGGCCAUGGUGCAACGAUUCUAGCUGCCCAAUUUGCCCCUAAUACUUCUUCUCGCAUCGCAACUGGUGCCGGCGAUUGCACCGCGCGGAUCUGGAAUGCAGACACACAGACUCCUAUGAGAACACUGUCAGGACAUACAGACUGGGUUUUGGUGGUUGCGUGGUCUCCUGAUGGCUCAAUGGUCGCAACAGGCAGUAUGGAUUCCACGGUUCGUCUUUGGGACCCUAAAACUGGCGAGGCUAUUGGCAAGCCCCUGCGUGGGCACUUGAAAUAUGUUACAUCUCUUUGCUGGGAACCAUAUCACUUGGCAAAGGGCAGACUGCCCCGCUUAGCGUCAAGCUCCAAAGAUGGCACGAUACGCGUAUGGGCUGUUGACCAAGGUGUUUGUGAAAUGUCAAUGUCCGGACACAAAUCUACAGUAACCUGUGUAAAAUGGGGUGGUUUUGGUGAUAUUUAUUCUACGUCUCAUGAUAAAUCAAUCAAGGUCUGGUCGGGCACAGAUGGCCGCCUGAUUUCCACGCUACAGUCGCAUGCCCACUGGGUGAACCAUCUUGCUCUUUCAACCGAGUUUGCCCUCAGAUCUGGCCCUUGUGAUGAAAAGGGGCUGCCAAAGGAUAUGACGCCAGAACAACUUCGCCAAAGAGCCGAAGAGCGCUUCAUUAAACUUGCGUCAAUCAGCGGUGAGCAGCGUGAACGUAUUGUCACUGCCAGUGACGAUUUUACCAUGUUCUUGUGGGAGCCUUCCAAGUCCACCAAACCGCUUUGUCGGAUGACUGGCCAUCAAAAACUCGUAAACCAUGUUACAUUCAGCCCUGACGGUCGAUUCAUCGCAUCGGCAUCCUUCGACAACUCGGUGAAAUUGUGGGAUGGCCGGGACGGCAAAUUCAUUGCAUCUCUUCGUGGCCAUGUUGCUCCUGUGUAUCAGUGCGCUUGGAGUGCUGAUUGCAGACUUUUGGUCAGCUGCUCCAAAGACACUACUCUCAAGGUCUGGGAUGUCAAAACCCGCAAACUGAAGAGCGAUCUCCCCGGCCACUCAGACGAGAUUUAUGCGGUUGAUUGGAGUGUUGAUGGCGAGCGAGUCUGCUCCGGAGGCAAAGAUAAAACCGUCCGAUUCUGGACUCACUAG